ACUCUGGCAGAAGCAUCAGCUUUUCAUAUGCCACCGCAGCUAAGACAGCUUUUUUGCUUCAUCUGUGUUUUCUGCAACCCUGCGGAACCCGUCGCUUUGUGGAAUGAAUUCAAAGAGUCCCUUUCUGAAGAUUUUGCGAGAUCUUACUCCUUAGAAGACAGUUUCAGCCUUGCACUGAGAAGUAUAGAAGACCAGUUAGAAGUGCACAAUGUUUCGCUAUGUUCUCUUGGUCUCCCGCAACCAACAUUGACUGAUGAUGUUUCUCUCGAAGUCCCGCAGUUCGAUGUCCAGUAUGAAAACGAACAAGCCGAAGUGUUGAACGGGAUGUUGAAUCCUGAACAGAAAUUAGUUUACGACUUGGUUUUGGAAGCUGUACGAGAUGAGAAUCCUAACACACCGAAGACAUUUUGUGUUAAUGCGUUUGCCGGAGCUGGAAAAACUUUCCUUUUUAGGACGAUCCUUCAUGCUGUUCGAGGAAUGGGCCACGUUGCCAUUCCCGUUGCGUGGAUAGGUGUGCUGUUGACCGGUGGAAGAACUGUACACUCUACUUUCAAGUUGCCGUUCCACUUCUGGAAAAUUCUUCUUUUUUCAUGUAGAGGGACACCAGUACUGACCGACGCCUACCUUAUCGAAAUUUGGGUUUAA